AGCCCGCCCGAGGGCGCAGCGGCCGCGCCGAGGGAGGCGGCGAGGCGGGAGCGACGGGGCGGGGGCGGAGCGGAGCCUCCCGCCUCCUCCUCCUCCUCGGCCUCCUCCCCCUCGGCCUCCUCUCGAAGCCGCCGCCUCCGCCGGGCUGAGCAGCCGGGAGUCCGCGGCGCUGGCUCGUGGCUGCGGGAUGGGGAGUUAGCGCCACGGCGGCGGCAGUGGCCGCAGCUCAACCGGCCGCCGCCCCCGGGCCCGUCCCGCUUGGGGCGCCGGGCGCGGCCAGCUCGCCCCRUAGCCAGGCCCGCGGGCGGCGGCGGCGGCAGAGCUGGGCAGGUGGAUGCGGCUGGAAGAUGGCGCCCUCGGGCCCGGGCAGCAUCAGGCGGCGGUGCCGGCGGGUGCUCUACUGGAUCCCGGUGGUCUUCAUCAGCCUCCUGCUGGGCUGGUCCUACUACGCCUACGCCGUCCAGCUGUGCAUAGUGUCCAUGGAAAACAUUGGCGAACAAGUUGUGUGCCUGAUGGCUUAUCAUCUACUUUUUGCAAUGUUUGUUUGGUCGUACUGGAAAACUAUCUUUACAUUACCAAUGAAUCCUUCAAAAGAAUUCCAUCUCUCUUAUGCAGAAAAAGACUUGUUGGAGAGAGAGCCAAGAGGAGAAGCCCAUCAGGAAGUUCUUAGGCGAGCAGCCAAAGAUCUUCCCAUCUACACUAGGACUAUGUCUGGAGCAAUCCGAUAUUGUGACAGAUGCCAACUUAUAAAACCAGAUCGUUGCCAUCACUGUUCCGUCUGUGAUAAGUGUAUUUUGAAGAUGGAUCAUCAUUGUCCAUGGGUGAACAAUUGUGUUGGAUUUUCAAAUUAUAAAUUCUUCCUCCUUUUCUUGGCUUAUUCUCUGCUGUACUGCCUUUUUAUUGCUGCUACAGAUUUACAGUAUUUUAUCAAAUUUUGGACAAAUGGCCUACCUGAUACUCAAGCCAAGUUCCAUAUUAUGUUUUUAUUCUUUGCUGCAGCUAUGUUUUCUGUCAGCUUGUCUUCUCUGUUUGGCUAUCAUUGUUGGCUAGUCAGCAAAAAUAAAUCUACAUUAGAGGCAUUCAGAAGUCCAGUGUUUCGACAUGGAACAGAUAAGAAUGGCUUCAGCUUGGGUUUCAGUAAAAACAUGCGACAAGUUUUUGGUGAUGAGAAGAAAUAUUGGUUGCUACCCAUUUUCUCAAGUCUAGGUGAUGGCUGCUCUUUUCCAACUUGCCUUGUUAACCAGGAUCCUGAACAACCAUCCACUCCUGCAGGACUGAAUUCCACAGCUAAAAAUCCUGAAAACCAUCAAUUUCCUGCAAAGCCAUUGAGAGAGUCCCAGAGCCACCUUCUUACUGAUUCUCAGUCUUGGACAGAGAGCRGCACAAACCCAGGAAAAGGCAAAGCUGGUAUGAGCAAUCCUGCAUUAACCAUGGAGAAUGAGACUUAACUCUUCAAGCGAAGUAAAUUCACACUUUAUACAAAUAAAGUACCAAUGCUGCAGAAGGAUGGCAGAGGCUUCCCACAGAAGCCAUUGAACAGCAGCUUCUUUAUUCAUUUGGCUGGAUAUGUAGAAAAUUUGUUUGCUUGCUUGUUUCAUGGUGCUGGGGAUUGAACCCAGGGCCUUGCACAUGCCAGUCAAGUGCUCUACCACUGGGCUACGUCUCCAGCCCUGGAUAUGCAGAAUAUUAAUUGACUAGUUCUUUCCAAGCUGUUGCUUAAGCCGAACACGUUUUUGAUCCACUAUACAAAUGUUACAGCUAACGUGAAUUCCUCUUAAGUGUUAAAAGUAAUUGUGUUUUUUGAAUCAAAGGGAAAAUAUCUUCUAUUAAAAACUGGGAAUGAAUUAAUGGGUCACUUUUCACUCAAAUACUUGGUUUGCACAGUUUUUCAUGUAAAAAACAUUAAUAAUCUGGUUUUCUUAUUCAGAAAAUUAAGACUAAUAUCUUUUAAGAUUUAAAAUUUUAAAUCACAUUAUAAUGUUAAGCUUUAUUCAUAUUAGUUUCCUUUAAGAAGGAGAAGGUAAGAAAUAAGACUUCUUUGGUUUUCUCUUCUAAUGUGAAUCUGACCUCAGACUGAGUGAACUGUAGUAACUGUGAGUCCACUACAGAGUGCUAGUGGCCUACAGUUAAGGAUCACCACCCAUUUCUGCCAGACUUUAAAUCUCAUUUUACCCUUUGUUCCUUGCUGGAAAGUAAGAACAUUGAACCUUGGGUCCACUGAUAAAGCAACUAGUUAGAAAACUAAUACAAUGUUCUGACAAAAGUCCCUCUAUUACAUUGAAAAUACAUUUUCAUCUCUUCUAAUCUUUUUUUACAAAAUAUUAUUUUAGUUGGACACAGUACCUUUAUUUU